AUGGCUGGCUCUGUAGACAAUGGCUAUUCCAAAGCCAGUCCCGGCGAUGACCGUGCCAGCAACGACAACACUACCGACGGUGUCCACGCCGAUAACCUUGCCGACAAUGUCCCCGACAACUCCUCUGUCCCCAAGCCCAAGCGCCUCGCUUGCAUGAUUUGCCGCAAGCGCAAGCUCAAGUGUGAUGGCUUGCGACCAAGUUGCAGUACUUGCUCCCGUCUGGGCCAUUCCUGUGCGUACGACGAACAGAGACGAAAGAGUGGCCCCAAACGAGGCUACGUCAAGGCCCUCGAAGAACGCCUAAAGCAAGUCGAGACAUUGCUGAAGACACAGGAACCAUCACAGUCUGCCCAGUCGUCCUCCAGUCCAGCCAAACGGCCCACCGCCGCCCCUGCACCCACCGUGGCCGUUGACGCAGAAAUCGACCGUUGGAACUAUACCGCCGAGUCGCCGCGCGCCGCACCCGCCGAAGAAUUUAACUUUAGCAUGCCCAUGAACAGCGAUGGCAGCAACUUUAGCUGGGAAAUGAUUGGCCUCGGCUUGGAAGAGCCCCUGCCUGCGCAACAGACUAUUGACGAGCUGCAACAAAUCUACUUCGAAAAAGUUCAUCCCUCAAUGCCCAUGAUUCACCGCUAUCGCUUUAUGGCGGCUAUGAAUUUGGCACCCAACCAACGGCCUCCCGUCUGUCUGCGAUAUGCCAUGUGGACCAUGGCCUGCUCCAUCACAGACAAGUACUCUGACCUGAAGCAUCUAUUCUACGCUCGCGCUCGUAAAUAUGUCGAGGGCGACUACGUCAAGGGUUUCGGCGAGCACAUGAUUUCGGUAGCCCACUGCCAAGCGCACAUCCUGCUGGCAUGCUACGAGAUGAAGAUGAUGUACUUUCCUCGUGCGUGGAUCAAUACCGGCUGCGCGGUCCGUUUAGCACAAAUGAUCGGGCUGCAUCGACUCGACGGCGCGGGCUUGGAUGUGAAGCAAUGCCUCCCCCCACCCAAAGACUGGACCGAACGUGAAGAGCGACGACGCACUUUUUGGAUGGCAUUCUGCGAGGACCGCUAUGCGAGCAUCGGUACCGGGUGGCCCAUGACGAUUGACGAACGUGACAUUCUUACCAAGCUUCCCGCCACGGAGGAGGCCUUUGAGAUGAGCCGCCCCGAACAAACACAAACACUCGACGAAUGCACCACUCCAACCGGUGCUACCAAACUUUCAUCCUUUGGUGCCAUUGUUCUGCUAGCAGCGAUUUUUGGCCGCAAUCUUGUGCACCUGCACAGACCCGACAGCGACGAUCACGACGGCGACGUCAAUGGACCCUUUUGGAAGCGCCACCGCGAAAUGGACAGCAUCCUUCUCAACACAUCUCUCGGCUUGCCAUCCAAUCUCAAGCUACCCGCGGGCCUCUCCAACCCAAAUGUUGUCUUUAUGAACAUGUCGAUUCACACGUCCACGAUUUGCCUUCACCAAGCAGCCAUCUUCAAAGCAGAGACGCAUAAGCUUCCGGCGUCUCUCAGCUCUGAAAGCAAGGUUCGUUGCAUCACGGCCGCCAAUGAGAUUACGGGCGUCAUGCGAAACGUUUCGCAUAUGGAUUUAUCAGCUAUGAACCCCUUCAUCUCUUUUACUCUCUACGUCGCCGCUCGUGUAUUCGUACAAUAUCUCAAGAGCCGUCCCGAAGACGACGUCACCGCCGACUCACUUCGUUUCUUAUUAUCCGCCAUGAACGCGCUCAAGAAGCGCAACCCCCUCACCGAAUCAUUCUUGGUACAACUGGAUGUCGACUUCGAGGCGCUCGCAGCCAGAAUACCUAGGCUAAUGAACGCAUUCCCUCGAGGCGGCGAUACCCCUGAACAAAAUGGAGGCGAUUCGCCCAAGGCUUUGUGCGACAACCCAGAACAUGUCAAGGGCAUCUUGUCAUAUCGAGAGUGCGAUUAUUCCAAGGACGACCAUGCCAAACCGCCGCCAGUAUCCGAGCCUUCAGGCAUGGGCUUGCCAGGCAACACAGCCUUUGGAGGACAGGCGUGGCUCUCGGUGGACCAACAACUGCCCAUGCUGACCCCUAACUCGGGCAUCAUGUACGACAAGGCCGCCGCCAACGGUAGCGGGCACAUAUCCAGUUUUGGGGAUGUAAAUGGCGAAAGUACAGAGUCCCCGGAAGGGCAGUCCAACGGCCGGACGCCAAACUCGAGUAAUGGAUCGGAUGGUCAAACCGUAAAGCAGGGUAGCAGUGCUCUACAAAUAUUCGGGUCGGGUACCUCGCCACAAUUUCCCAGCACCGGCGCGCACUUCUUCAGCCCCGCGCAGCAACCGUUCCAGAUGCAACAGCACCAGCACCAGCACCAGCACCAGCACCAGCACCAGCAGAUGGGCGGCCCGGCCAUGUCAUUCGGCAACGGCUGGGAUAACAUCACCGCGGCGCAGCAGGCGGCCAAUAUGCAGAAUGAGGGCGUCUUGCGCGCGCUGAUGAACAUGGGGCCCAUGGAGGCGAUGGACCUGUCGUCCUGGGAUACAGGCAAUGAGCCCAUGCGGGGGUGA